AUGUCGACAACUUCUUUUGACGACUUUAUCCAACGCUAUACUCAGCUUCAAGCAUACGAGUCUUCAAAGGACAAACUGCUACAGGAUGUUCUACUUUAUUGUAAGGCCAUAGAGGACAACUCAGAUAAAGAGACACACAAGCUUAAAGCUCGGUUGCACGAACUCGAGCUCGACCUCAAGGCUGCGACCCAAACCCGAAGAGAAUUACAGACAAGCCUAGGGGAAGCUGAAUCUCAGAUGAAAUGGGUUUUAAAAGAAAAUGAUGAGAUCAAGUUCAACGAAAGCUUUACCAAGGAUGGCCUUGAAGGCGGAAAAAGCGCAGCCCGCGCACUCCGGACUGCAGUAGCGCAGCUUUGCAGCCAUGAGCGUACUGGUUCAUUAGAGAUUGUUUGCCGCGUUGUGGCUAAUGUGGGAGGACUCGGCAAAGCGUUGUACAACGAAGGCUGCAUUGAGCAGCUAAAUCAGUUCAGGGAUUUCACUCUUGGCUUUACACAGGCCAAGGCAUCGUUCGACUUUAUUGACGUGGGCUUUGGAAAGGAGAGGGCUGACGCUAAAAUUCGAGAAACCGCACGCUGGCAUCUGGGCAAUCAGAACUGCAAACAUAUUCUCUUAGGCAUUGGUCAUGAUUCGGGAUACGCCCCUUUUCUCGAAGAGAUCGUUCACGAUGAAGAGUCUCGCCGCUGUGUGUCCUUAAUCAAAGGCCCACCCCUUGCGCGCGAACUGGAAAACCUUCAGAUGAACGUGAUCGAAUUCAAUGAGAUUUUCCGUGCAACCAAACUGGUAUCCGACAAGACUUCGGCGCAGAGCGCGCAGCGCACACUGCCUAUAAGAACCCAGACGUCAUCUAAUACCAAUGGGCCUUCGACACAGGCAGCUGUUUUGACACCAGCAACCAGUACUGCAUCAUUGUCACCAAAUAAUUCUUGGGCCAAGGUCACGAAGAGCGCUACCCCACCUCCUCAACUUACUAUGCCCUUACCUCCCAAGCAGAAUAAGCCAAAGCCUGUCAGCAAAACUCCAAUCUCAGCAGCGCAGCCAACUUGGAGCCCUGGCCCUCGUGGCCUUGACCCUACUGUCACUGUUAGUCUCGCGGCAAUGGAAAAUAUCAAGCGACGGGCUGGCAACGAGAAGCUUUGCAACAACCAUUAUCUGCGAGGACCUUGCGGUAGAAUCGACAUCUGUCCCUUUGUUCAUAACUACAAGGCUACACAGGAGGACUUGGCCGCUCUUGCUAUGCUGUCGCGGCAGAACCCCUGCACCAACGGCCAGGCAUGCGAUGUGGACGAUUGCAUCUAUGGUCACAAUUGCCCCAACGUCGUCAAUGGAGCAUGCACACGACAGAAGGACCAAGGAUCGGAGUUAGAGGAAACAGAGCUAUGGGACUAUCUGUCUUCGAAAUGA